CGAAGGAGAAGCAUUUAAGUUUUAAACACGGCAGAACAGUAUUCAAAUAUUUUCGCAUUUGAAAAAAAAUACAAACAAUAAUGAAUUUUAAAAAUUGCGUUAUGCUUUUAUACUUAUUUGUCCAUUUGUGUACAUCAAACGCAAGAAUUCGCAAAAAUCCACAGAAAUUAGCCGAACUAUAUAGAAGUGUUUCAGAAGAACGCCCUUUAGGUGUUUAUUUGUUUGACGUAGAAAAUUAUAUAAAAAAACCAAAGGUGCGCAAGGAAUUUAGAAUUUCUAGAUUGGAUAAAAAAAAGAUACAAAACUCCCAUUUUAUUGGGUUUAUUUCGGAAGAGCAAUUUGUAGCAGUUAUAACAUCAAAGUUUACUUAUUGGCAACUCGAAAAAAUGUAUAAAAAAAUCGAAGAUGCUGGAAAGUGUAAUGUCCUAGUAACCAAGGAAAGAGUUAAAUGGUUUUUACUGAAGAAACGACUCCUAUAUAGACUAAGUAAAAAGGAAAUCGAAGCUAUAACUAAACCAAUGAAGGGUUCCAGAAAAAAUGAUGCUAUGAAAUUUAGCGAGUUUUAUAAUUUUAUGGUUUUCAAAGAAAAUCAUUUCUUAUAUGCAUAUAUAUAACACCAGCCGGUGGUAGAUUUAAACGUUUACAGGACCCAGGGCUAUAAAUUUACUACAACAUUCUAUUGCCGUUCGCUGUAGUCAAAAAGUCAAAUUUAUUAAAGUAUUCAAUUAAGUUUAUUUAAAUAAAAAUUCAAGGUUUAUGUAUUAAUUCUUAAAACUCUAAGGGGUGUGUGUUUUUUUUUGUUUUAAUCAAUUAU